AUGUCGGUGGAUAGUAGGAAUGAAGUUCAUAUGGUGGUGCUUCCAUAUCCUGCACUGGGCCAUCUUCUUCCCUUGAUCCAUCUUGCAACAAAACUGGCUACAACAGGGAUCAUCGUCACACUGCUCAACGUGGACAGCAUCCAUGAAAACCUCUCCCGGCAGUGGAGGUGCCCGGAUGGGAUGGAUAUCAGACUGGAGCAAGUGCAUUGUGAUGUCUUCAUUCCUUGUGGCAUCGAUGCCAAAGCAUUGAAAGACACGGACGGGCUACUCGAGUCUUUGGAAAGGUUGCAAAUCCCAGUAGAGGAGCUAGUGAGGGAGAUGCAACCACCUCCAUGCUGCAUCAUCUCCGACUAUUUCAUGCGUUGGGCGGUGGGAAUCACAAAGAAACUUGGCCUCAAAGUCGUCACGUUUUGGCCUGGAAAUGCUGCCUGGAGCUCCAUCCACCACCACACUCAAUUGCUCGUCUCCAGCGGUGACGCGUUCCAAGGUCAGAAUUCUUUUUUCUUGCAUGAUUUUGAUCGAGCAAUCUAG